UACAAAUGGUGACAUAACCUAUUUAAUGUGUGGAAAUGUAGCUAUUUGUAAUUAUUAUGUAAAAAUUAUUACUAAAUGUGUUUUUUAUAUUCAUAUGUAGUUAAAAUGAUAAUUAAUUUAUAACUGUACAGAAUGGUCCUAUUUAGAUUAUAAGAAUGGCCGUGGCAAGUUGGAUGUUAGGAAAUCGAAAUCAUCGUUCUGGCAGGUUCAAUAGAAGUCGUUUAGAAAAUAAGGAAGAUGCUGUUAAAUUGGAUCUUAAUAGAGAUCCAAAAGAAAAUGCCAAGGAAAUUUUGGAAUCUGUUUGCAAAAGUACAAACAUAACAGAUGGAAAAAGGAUAAACUAUUUGAAUGCCUUUGUUAAAUUAGCACUUCAUAUUAAUGGUGAUCUAUCAAAAAUUUCAUUAUCGAUUGAAGAUAUUUUAUGUUGUUUAAGGGUAACUUUAGUAAAUGAUUCUACCCAGGUAAGAGCUGCAGGUUUAAGAGCAAUACGUCAUAUAAUUAGAACAGCUACAGAUCUAGUAUCCUUUAAUAAGUUGCUUAUCCCCUUUUUAGUAGUACGGUCUUUGGAUCUGGCCUUAAGAAAUGAUGUUGAAAGAGUGCAAGCACUGCGUUUGAUGAGAAAAGUCUUGAUGUUAUCCUCUUCAUCAUUUGACAUUGCAAUGGCUAGAAGUUUAGUUUCUUUAACAAAUGGUGGCAUUGAAGAAAAAGAUCGAAUGUUAAGGGCUUGUCUUGCAUGUUUAUCAGAACUUGGUGCUCUUAAUCCUGAUCUAUUUAUUCUAUCUGGAGGAGUAACUGCAACAACUCGUAAUUUAUUAGAGUGCCAAUUGCCUAAAAUAGCAGAAUCUCUUUGUGGUGUUUUGCUGUUAUUAUUAGAUAAACCAAAUACUAGAAAUUCUGCGGCAGUCGAUCUGUUUUGCAUAGCAGCACCAUACUGUGAUUUUCACUACAAACAUAGCUGGAGGGAUAAAAACAGGGACGAACGAGAGCUGCGAUUUAAUUGCAGUCGUUUAGCUUUAUUAUCAAUUUUAAGAAGCUGGUCUGGUAUAAUGCAGUUUUGUAAUCCUUCAAGCUCUUUAGGACUUAAAGCAAUUGUGGAUGUUUUAUAUUUAAACCAAUUAGAAGUCAGGAAGGCACUUUUAGAUCUUUUAUAUGAACUUUUGGGGCUGCCUCAACCUGAAUGGACGGACGAAUUAUCGGUGGCGUUAAGUGCAGUGGACCCAGCCGAACCACAGUCGUCAUGGCGCUUAAACGAAGGUUUCGUGGUCGCCGAAGGACGAUCGAUCUUGCCACAUCUUACCAGAACCUCCCCCAGUAUUAUUGACAUGCAUUUGUCGCUACUUUUAUAUUGUUUUUUAGAAACAGGUUUACUGAAUGCUCUCGCCGAAGUUUUAGCAACGAGUGACACGUUUAUUAGCGUUAGAGCCACCGUUUUAUUAGGCGAACUUUUACGUUUGAUACAAAUAUUUCUUCCACCUGAGUGCUGUAACAUUACCCCUGCUUUGCCUAAUUUGUUGGGCUACGCCACCUCACGACCUCAGGCUUUAGGUGCUGUAACUGCCUUGCAACAACUUCAUAAACUGAUGAAACGUAGACCGGCAUCGUCGAGCUUAAUCACUAUUUACAACCCUCAUUUGAAUAUAUUUUGUUUUACACCCUUCUAAAACUUUCUUUUGCAGUUUAUAAUCCUUUAAAUUUAUGAACUAAGAUUUUUAAAUAAACACUAUAGUACUAACUUCUCAAUUUNGGACAUGUCCGAAUCGACACAUCGAACGUUCCUAAGACGCCUUGCAGAUUUUUAUACUCCUUCAAGUAACAGGUAUUCUCAUAUGGAUCUUACAUCGUCCAAGAACGCGCAAGGUUACACACUCGUUGGUAUAGAACUUAUUCUGUGUUUGGUGCAUUUAGAAGAUUCAGAAAGUACUAAGCUUCUUCUCGACCUGUUUAAAGAUAUCUCGAAACACAUUGCUGCCAUAACGAUGAGUAAAAGUGCCCACGACUGUCUCUUCAGCCCUCAACAUAUGAACAACACCCAGUGCCAAAGUUACUUUCUGUUUAUAGGAAGACUCGGUAGUACACGGGCUGGUGUCGACCUGCUUAACACCCUUAAAAUUUUUACUCAAUUACAAGAUUUGGUAACAACUACCAAUCACGACUGUUACGUGAAACUGAUUGUUUCCUCCCUAGAAUACAAAGAUGCUGGCCCUGCUCGCGAUCUUCUCGCUGCCGUAUUAAAGUGUUCAAUUGAAAGUUCCCGUUUAUAUGCCACACAGUUCCUACAAGUUUUAUUACGCGCAGGGAUGCCUCAUUUUGCCUACUGGGGUAUUAAAUUACUAGCUGGUCAGUUGAACGAUAAAUCCCGUACGAUCCGUUUGGCUGCAUUAUCCGCUUUACAUGAAGCUUGCGAAGUUCCUUCCUGUCUUGAACAUCUUGUCAAGCUCAAUCCUGAACUUUUACACUUGGAAGAAAAAGGAGUGUUGCUUUUAAUACGGUUUCUAUCUAUUCCUGCGGGAUUUAACGCUUUAAAGAAAAACGAUUUUGUAGUCAACGAAAUUAAGAGAUGGGAUGAAUAUUUUAAUCAUCGUUAUGUUAGAAUAGUUGAAGGCGAAACAUCAGAUUCGUUAACGUUACAUCAAAGAGGCGAAGACGGCAGGUACGAUAAGAGAUUUAGCUCUUUAAAAAUUGUCAAUCGAAAGGACCUGUUUUUACCUCCCCAUUUAUAUGGUCAAAUAUCAAGACAUUCGACCGGCUUUCAAACAUUAAUCGAAUAUGGUUCAGUAGAAAACUAUAUGCAGUGCGUUGAAAAUGGAUUUUGCGAUACAGACCAGGAUAUCGAAAAUUUAAAAGUUGCACUUUGGGCUGUGGGUCAUCUUGGAAGUACUUUGAAGGGAAUUGAAUUUUUAACAGAACGAGACAUAAUACGAUACAUAAUUCGUAUUGCACAGCACUGUCCUGUUUAUUCUCUUAGAGCUACUGCAUUUUAUAGUCUAGGUCUUGUGGCAGUAACAAAGUUCGGAGCCGAUCAUCUCUUUAGAUUAGGUUGGGUGUGUACCAGACAUGAUAGACACAAUCGUUAUCCAAUUAUAGAAGAAGAAAACUGGUCUGAGGAACAUCCAGAUGGAAUGGUGCAAAGUGUUAAUUUUGGAUCAGAUUCAGAGUACAUGUCAGGCGAUCAGCCUUUUAAUCUUGAUUAUUACUUAAGUAUUCCAGACGUAGAUAGUAAUGACGAUGAUUUUUUGUACGAAGUAGAUGGAGAUAUGGGUAUUUGUCUGCCUCGUAAACUCAGCGACAUGUUCCCCGAGGAGCCUUCAAAAUUUCAAAGAACAUCCACUUAUGGCAAAAGAAUCUCACCAUAUUCCGAGGAAAAUAUUUCAUUAGUGAAAACCAAAAAGGAAAAGAAUAAAUUUAUUCAUGACACAUGGAAUUGUAUGAAAUGCAGUAGAAUAAGGGAGUCACAGCCACUCGACAGUGCUCCUUCCAAUACAGAUGCUUUAAAAGAGACUAUCAUUUCAGCAACAGAACUUGUACAAUUCAGCGAUGAAUUCAUAGAAACGAAAUGUGAUAUUCUAGUUCAAGUGCAGCGACUUUCGAACCCCGUUUGGAUCAAAAAUAGUAGGCAAUCGCUACUGCUACAUAAACAGAAGCACCCUCACUUAUUUCAAGACAUGUGCCUAUAUUCUGAAGUGUGCAAGAUUAUUUCGCAAAACUCGUACCGUCUGGGUUCGCGUAGGCUUUUACAGGAGCUUUUCUUGACCGUCAAUUUUUCGCAUUUCUACGACGAAGCUAACAAAUCGCUGUCGCAAGAAGACGAUCGUGUUCUAACAUUCGUGAACCUCCACGAUGUUCCCGUUAUGUCUAAAUCGAACUCCGGCAGAUCGUACUACGACAUAUUAUCGGAACAACGUAAACAAGAGCUAAUAAACGCUAAUAAGACGACAGUAAUGGCCUCGCAGACCAACAAGAGGACCGUUUGUGGGUUUAAUGUUGAUUCAGAGUCCGAAAGGUUGUCCCCAAUCAAACACGAACCUAGAAGUCCACCCCUGUCAAGCGUUAAGGAAGAGAGCGCCGCCAGUUCGGAAAAUUUACUUAGCGAAGGAACAACUACAAACAAAAAUAACAAAGGAGAUGAGCAAGAAGGAUUCUCCCGCAUCACAAGACUGGACUCAUUUGCCCUGUCCUUUAAACACAACAAGUUUCCCAUUACAAACAGAAACAAUGACACCGUUGUGUGAUGGAAAAACAGGUUCAUACUUUUAUUUUUUAUCUUUUCUGUUUUGUUUUCGCGUUUUCUCAAGUCGUAAUGGAAAUCGUACUGUUAAGUUCUAAUCACCCACCGGAAUUGAGGUCUUGCGUUUAUUAAAGUCAAUUAUUAUGAAAUGAACAGGAUGAAGAAUUUAAAGGUAUUCUUUUGAUUUUUAUAUCCGCUUACAAUGUUUUUUUAUUAAAUAAUACAUAAGUACAAUAUACAUGAAUUGCUAAAAGUAACGUUUUAGCGGGCUCAAUCUUUUGUGUGCUUUUUUAAUUGUAAAUCGCGAAAAUUCUUUCCUGUCUCUAGUAUUUACUUAUUUUAAUUUUGUUUACUUUGAUUUAUUUUAACUAUUACAUUAGUUAUUUGUAUUUUUCUACACGUGGGAUGUAAUAUUAAUUACUACAUUCCGUCCUUUCUUUUUUUAACGUAUUGCAUAAUUUACGAAUAGACCUCAUUAUUGGAUUUAAUCAGAAUUAGUUUGUUACAUACUUUUCAAAAAUAUUUUAGUUUUUAGUUAAAGGGCCCGAAAUACUUCUCGUAUUUAACCUUUUUAGUAAGCGAAGCCAAGCUUCAACGUUUUGUAGAAUAUGAACGUUUUUUUACAGGGUGUUUUUACAUAAAUAUAUACGUGGUACAUAGUGUUGUAAAUUUGAAAACAAAAACCGUCAAAUUAUUUUUCCAAUUUAAUAAGAAAUCGGCAUUUGAUUUAAAUAUAAAUUCUAGUCAGUGAACGUUUAUUUGACGCGAAAAAAUAAAAUUUAAUUUAAAUAAUACUAAUGUGAUAUACGUAUAAUGUAACAAAAGAAUUAAACACUCUGUAUAAAGUUAAUGGUCUGGUCGCCUUCUGUUUUAAUAUUCAAUAUCUGCGUUAUUGCCUGAAAAAGAGCGAAGAUUUUAUUUGAAUGAACUUUUAAGCACCACUUAAAAGUGUCAGUAUCUUUUUUACAGUUUUGUGGAAAGGAAAAUAUCAUAUUUGAUAUUUUUGUACUUAGUUCCUUUUGCAGUUAUUUUUUUGUACAUAAGGAUUGCUUGUAAACUGCAUAUAACUUUUUAUACAAUCUAUUUUCAUUUGUUCCUAUCGCAUAUAAUAAUAAUAAUUACUAUUAUUAUUCAACCUAAUAAUAUAACGCAAUUACAAGAAUAAUGUCGGAAUAUUUUGAAUGGCGUUUUUAUUUUUAAGAUUUAAACUUAUUACUUGUUAUUAAGUUAUUUAUUUGUCAUUUUUGUAUUUAUUUCCAUCAAAUAAAACUUCAAUAUUUCAUUCGCUUGAAUCAUGUAUUUAAAGCAAAAAAAAUCAUAAUUAAUAAAACCGCGUAAAUUAUUGAAGUAAUAAGGCAAUUUUAAUUAUUCGGAAUUGAUCGACAUAAAAACGGGUGUAACUGACUGUAAAAUUAACAUAUAAAAACAGUAGGUAACAAUACUCACUUUAGUAUAGAAUUACAUUGUCGCUCAUUGCAAGUAGGUUUUAUAUUCAAUAAUUCAUUUUAGUAUAAUAGCAAAACUAGUUUGUGUUCAUAAAUUAGACUUUUCUAAUUUAAUUAACAACAUACAAUUUAGGUAUGGUUAGUACAAUUAAGAUCAAUUCAGUAAUAUUUAAAUAUUAUUGUUCAAUAUUAACGAAUUAUAAAGCAGACUAGCAUCGAACGACAACCACGACAAUAUUCCUGUUAAUAAAAAAAUGUUCAAAAGCUAUUCAUAACGUUAAUAAUCGUCUCCACGUGA